UUUUAAAUUCUUUAACAUUGAAAAUGUCCUUCAAGCUUAGAGAUAUUUUGCCAUCUCCCGUUAAUGUCCAACAACCAAAUGCCGAACUUUAUGCUAACGAUCCUUGGUUUAAAGGAAGAGAAGAUGCUUUUCAUGACAAAUUUGCUAAAGUUGUUGCUAUUAAAGAGCCGCCUCCAUACGGUCGACGACAAGGAUUUGUGCCCCGAACGCAGGAUGAUUUUGGGGAUGGAGGGGCUUUUCCAGAGAUACAUAUUGCUCAGUUUCCGAUCGGUAUGGGUGCGGAUAAGCCCGGUACGGGGGCUAAGAACACAGUUGCGCUUCAGUUUGACUCUGAGGGCAAACUUCGAUUUGAUGAGCUUACACGUCUUGGACAUGGAAAAGACAAGAUUGUCCAUUCCCGCCUUUCUGAUAUGAAAUCCAAACAUAUUGAUGAUGAAGAUGAGAGUUUCAAAAAACCAACAGACGAAGAAAUACAUGAAACAACAGAGACAACGCGUGCUGCUUUGGAAAAAAUUACAACAACAAAGGUCGCAGCAGCAUUACCAGUUCAACAUGCAAAAAAGACAGCGCCUCCACAAUUUAUUCGUUACACUCCUAGCCAACAAUCAGGCCUCCACGCAAGUGGAGCACAACAAAGAAUUAUUCGUUUGGUUGAAGAGCAGAAGGAUCCAAUGGAACCGCCACGUUUUCAAAUCAACCAGAAGAUUCCCCGUGCUCCGCCUUCUCCGCCUGCUCCAGUAAUGCACUCACCCACUCGGAAGGUCACCGCUAAGGAACAGGCCGAUUGGAAAAUUCCUCCAUGCGUCUCAAAUUGGAAAAAUCCAAAAGGGUACACUGUGGCAUUGGACAAACGUUUGGCUGCCGAUGGGCGCGGAUUGCAACAAGUUCACAUUAAUGAGGGCUUUGCUAAAUUUGCUGAAGCUCUUUCAAUUGCUGAACGGAAAGCGAGAGAAUCGGUCGAAACUAGGGCUCAGAUGGAACGACUAAUUGCCCAAAACAAGAAGACUGAACAAGAAAAAAGGAUGAGAGAAAUGGCACAAAGUGCCAGAAUUCAACGUUCUCAAGCCCUACGAAAAGCUGAAGCUGAUGAAGAUCACAAAUUAAUGGAAGAGGCAAAGGAGAGGGAAGCCAUUCGACGUGAUAGAGUUGAAGAUCACAGAAAAGAGAGGAAUAUUGCCCGUAGUAGACCUGACAAAUUGGAAAAGUUGAAACGGGAUAAGGAUCGUGACAUUUCCGAAAAAAUUGCGCUUGGCCUUCCUGAUUCACGUGCACGAGCGUCUGGUGAGACGCAAUUCGAUGCUCGUCUAUUUAAUCAAACAGGGGGACUUGACAGUGGUGGUAUUGAUGACGAGACUUACACAGCAUAUGACAAACCUUGGCGUCCACAAGAUAAUGUCCAACAACAUAUUUAUCGACCAAGAAAAGAUGUUGAUAGUGGUAUUUAUGGAGCUGAUUUGGAUAAAAUAAUCAAUACAAGUCGCUUUGUACCAGACAAAGGUUUCUCUGGAACUGAAGGGGAAGGAAGUGGUGCCCCUAGAGGAAGUGGACCUGUUCAGUUUGAACGAGAAGAAGAAGACAUUUUCGGAUUGGGUGAAUUAUUGCAAACAAGUUCAUCAGCUAAUACUGCAUCUUCAUCUUCAAAGCGCAAAGCACAAGAUGAAGGAAGUGCUAAAAGAAGUAGAAAAUAA